AUGGCAAAGCGCAAGGCCAAAGCCAAGGCUGCUCCAAUUGCAAAGUCACAAGCCAAGACCGCUGGCGAAAUCACUCCUGUCGACAACACCAAUGAUAUUGACAACACCAAUGAUAUUGACAACACCAAUGCUGUCGACAUCGUUCAGCAGCAUGAUGAAGAAACACCCAAAUCACCACCGAAGAUCCUCCUUACCGAUCUACCCUUGGAACUCCUCUUCAUGAUCCUCGACUGCCUCAUUCCCGAUCCUUCAUACCCGUAUGCGGGCUACCCUCUCCUGCGCGAAAAUCAAACAGGCAUUCGUAGAGCUCUCGUCGCCCUCCAACAUCCACUACUGUUCACAUGCUCAUCACUUCGUCUCUCUCUACUUCCCUACUUCUACUCGACUUCUCAGUUCUACGCAAUGAUCGAUAUGAGACUGAAAGGUAGCAAGAGCGUUGCCGAUGUCUUGACACUGCGACGACUCCAAGAGCGGCUUCCAUGCAACCUAAGCACUGUGAGAGUGACCUUCAGACUCCACCAUCUGACAACCAAGGGACUCAACUGGUCAGCCUUCACCGAAUUAGGCUUAAUACUGUACGAAGGGUAUCAGAGCGAAAAGUGCAAGUCUGAGAAGAAGAUCGAGAUUGUGUCUCCACGAUGGCAGCUACAGUGUGCUGACUCCAUCAACUACUACUCUCGACCUCCGUCUAAUUUCAGGCUCAACACAGAUCUGCAAGCGCUACUAGAUGGCAUAAACCGCCAGGCUUUUGCAGCACUCGAUUCUGCAAAAGACUCACAGGCUUUCAACACCCGACUGGAGAAGUGGUUGAAGGAGGAUCAGGACACAGAAGAUCCUACAUACCGCAUCAGAAACACACUAAGACGUUGUAUGGGCAAAAGUGGAAAUGGUGUCACAAUUGAGAUCAGAGGGGUCUACCGUGGUUUGUGA